UGUAGCGUCCAUCAUUGAAAAUGGCAAGAAAAUGAAACCUUUAGUUGAAUCAUGUGAUGUUAAACUUCCUGUUACAUGUAGAGUUGGUAGCGCUGAUCGUUUGGGUUACGGAUUUUCAACUGAGAAAUGUGACACCACAACAACUAUUGAAAACAUUUCAGUCCUCUCUCAAUCACUGACUCAACAAAAUGUGAUAAUUAUAAUUGCCAUUGGAAGUACUGGAUUCAUUUGUAUGGUUUUAGUUGUUACAUUUCUGAUUUUUAAGCGCAGAAGUGUGAAGAAUAAAAACUACUCAGGUAAUCCUCAACAUUCGAAACACGACAGGAAAGAUUCGAACACGCAUGUUUAUAACAUGACACAAGGCAACGAUGAUGACGAUUUGAAUCCAACAAGAAAAGAGAUACAUGUGCAUACCACGACCCAAGACAAAGAUUAUGACGAUGUGGAUCCAAAUAGCAUGGAGAUGCGUGUUUAUACCACGACCAAAGACAAUGAUUAUGACGAUGUGGAUCCAAAUAGAAUGGAGAUGCGUAAGCGUGUUUAUACCACGACCCAAGCCAAAGAUUAUGACGAUUUGGAUCCAAAUAGAAAGGAGAUGCAUGUUUAUACCACGACACAUGAAAAAGAUUAUGACGAUCUGAAUCCAAAUAGAAAGGAGAUGCAUGUUUAUACCAUGACCCAGUCCAAAGAUUAUGACGAUUUGGAUCCAAAUAGAAAGGAAAUGCAUGUGUAUACCACGACACACGAAAAAGAUUAUGACGAUCUGGAUCCAAAUAGAAAGGGGAUGCAUGUUUAUACCACGACACAAGACAAAGAUUAUGACGAUUUGGAUCCAAAUAGAAAGGAGAUGCAUGUGUAUACCACAACCCAAUCCAAAGAUUAUGACGAUUUGGAUCCAAAUAGAAAGGAGAUGCAUGUGUAUACCACGACACAUGAAAAAGAUUAUGACGAUCUGGAUCCAAAUAGAAAGGAGAUGCAUGUUUAUACCACGACACAAGGCAAAGAUUAUGACGAUUUGGAUCCAAAUAGGAAAGAGAUGCACGUUUAUACAACGACACAAGACAAUACUUCUGGGUAUUAUACCACGAUACAUGCAGACAAUAAUUAAUUUCAGCUUGUACUGUUGAUUCGUCAAUUUUCGUUGGUACCUAUUCAAGGUGAUCGAGGAAAGAUUGUAUUUUUUUUGUAUAAUGUAUUUUAUGUCUUGCCUAAUUUGUAUAAAAGACUAUAUGAAACUGUCUUUCGAUGAUCAUAUGUACCUAUGGGUCACCUUUCCCCGCGAUAAUUGGUACUCCACAAGUAACAAUGAUUCGACAGUAAUUGCAAAUUUAAUUGCUCUUUGUAAAUACAGCUGUUUCUCAAACCACGCCUGGGGAGAUAUAUAAUAUUCAUAGAUAACUUGAUUUAUUCACAUACUGGUUCCCAGACAUGAUCUCUAUGUUUCAUUUCAAAGAGACAUAUCUUGAGACUGUUACCGGUAUACAAAUAUACUUUUGUGGUGAAAAAUUCAUUAUGAAGUAAGCAAAAAAUGAGGUAGGGGUUGUACAUAAUUUUAGUAUAAGUUUAAACUCUGACAAGUUCAUGGCAUAUACAUGUUAAAAAUAUGCCGCAC